AUGGCUUCGAAAAUGCCUCUGCCUGCUCCACCGCGGACCCCUACGCCGCCUCCUGACGAGAACGCGCCCCAGCCCGUUGGACUAGGAUUCCGAAGCGAUCUGGCUGUUGGAGAUACGGGGCCUAAUAACAAUGCGCUGCUCUCGCCCAUGUCUGCCACGUUCCCCUCCAAGCAGUAUGCGACCCUCGGGCCCAGUGAUUCUGUCUCGCAGAGGGCGUCGCCUGCGACUCUGUAUACACCCGCGAGCGCGACCUUUCCAUACACGCCCGCGAGCGACUCAACCAUGAAUCUUGAGCCGCCCUCUGCGAACGGGUCCGAGAACCCCAAUCCGUUCAAUUUCCAAUCUGUCGCCUACCAGCCGGGGCGGCCCCAGACAAAGGCUAAUGACAUCGGCCGAAGACGAGGACACAAGUACAAACACAGUAGUGUAUCACAUCAGAUAUUUCUAGAACCAGCACCGCGCGCUCCGCUCCAGCUCCCUGCCUCGCUUCCGAUCCCGACGUUCAAAGAGUACCGCUCGUCAAUGUCCAAGGACCAGAAGCUGCGGCUGGCAUGGUGUUUCUGCCAUCUGGUAGUAGCCGGCCUCGUACAAUGGGGCGCACAUGAAUCGCUGGCACUGACAGUAUUGUCUCGUCUAAUCUUCUACGAUGCACUUGGAGCUUUUCUGUGUGUGGCUGUUGACGUUGGAUCCAACUUCGAGGUAUGGAAGCGAUCUAGCAUACGACAUCCAUUUGGCUUUGAACGUCUAGAGGUCAUCGCAGGACUAGGCAUGUCUGUUGGGCUACUGUUCAUGGGACUGGACCUCAUAUCGCAUGGUUUGACGCACGCGCUUGAAAAUACCGGAGGACAUGAGGCGCAUCACGCCGACGCUCACGAGCGAGUGUCGGCUGGCAGCAUUGAUCUUGCUGCUUUGUGCGGUGUUGUCUCGACACUGGUCUCAGCAAUCUUGUUGAAGAACCAUGCGCGCAUAGGCAAGGUCAUGAGGCUAAGUGCGAUCGCUAACCUGCCUUCGGUGCUGAGCAACCCGUCGCAUUUUCUGACAUUAUCGUGCUCGUCACUCCUGCUAAUCUUGCCCCUACUGAGCAUCCAGAUGUAUGUGUGGCUUGACCGAACCCUCUCAUUUUCAGUUGCCUUCUCCAUGGUGGCGCUAGGAUGGAUUCAAGGAUGGACCCUCGGCAAGAUGCUGCUCAUGUCCUACUCGGGACCCGGCGUAUCGGACAUCAUGUACGACCUGGAGACGGACCCAGCCGUGCGAACGGUAGAGGAGGCAAAAUUCUGGCAGGUACACUACGGGCUCUGCCAGGCGAACCUGAAACUUCGAGUGAGGAAUUUGGAGGAAAUUGGGCGUCUGCGCGAUCGCAUUGGCAGCAUGGUGCGGAACCGCUUGGGCGGCGGAUACGGGAGCGGCGGGCAGAGAUGGGAAAUUUCAACCCAAAUUACACUCGAGAAGGACUGA